UCGGCAAUAAUUCAUCCACAUGAAGAUUCUAUUGAAUCAAGAGAACAAAAUUGUAAUGUAGGGACGAUUAUUGGCGAGAGAUUACCCGAAGAAGAUGUUAGAAUUAUUGAAACUAUAGAAAAUGGAAAUCUAUCGGAUAUGCCAUUAUUUCCAGGGCUGCAAAGAAGAAAACUUUAUUUUAAUCCUGCUUAUUUUGAAAGGCAGCUUCUACUGGCUCCACCUCCAGCAGCAGUUGAUUUUCUUCUCAAAAUUCGAGAAGUUAUAUCAAUUGCCAAACAAAAAAUGUCUGCUAAACGUUUUAUUCCGACACUUCAUGAAAUCCCAGAAGAAUCAUCUUCAGAGCGACCAAGUUCCAAAUCGCUGAGUUGUGCGGGUUGUCCUGAUUGCACUCACGGGUACUCGGCAUCGAAGCUAUCCACGACGCGUGCCAUUUCUGGUGAAAGCAGAGUGCAGGCUUGGCUUGAAGACGUCCGGCUUCUCGAUACUCGCUGGCGCAGCCUCGAGGAGCGAAAACAGAAACAGAGGCUUAGAUUCACGACCUUCAAAGAUGUAAAAGAUGUGGACACUGAAAGUGCAAAGCUCUCCAAUAAGUCGCUCCCGUCUAUAAUUAACAAGCUAUCGAGCAAUGAUCUGAUACAUGAUUGCGUAAAUCAAAUUUUGGAAAUCAACCGAUACGAAUACGAGACUAAAAGAUCGACGAAGUCUGUGACAUGUGAACCUGGUUACUUUAAUUGUCGAAUAGAUGAAAUCUCGGAAUGGAAUAAACAAAAUAACCAGGAACCUGAAGAUAAUAUUAUUAAUACGAAUGUCAGAGAAAUUAUUGAAAAUGCCUUUCAAACACAAUUAAAGCAAUUGCAGAACGGUCAACAAAAUGAAAAACAAAUUGACAAUAAAAAUGAAAUUACUUUUGACCUACGUAAAACAAAAAAUGAUAACUUUAAUCAUAAUAAGACGAACAGCAUAAGAAAGACACGAGUUUUACUUAACAUAAUAAACGACGAAUUAACUGGAAGAAACAGUAGCGAGGCAAAGCGUAUUAUGGAUUCUGUAAUUCAAGAAUUAAUCAUUGCAAAGGAAAAAGAAAAGGUUAAAGAAAAGGAAACUAAAAGAGAAAAAGAAAAGGAUGGUAUAACUCGGAUCUCGGAUUACGAAACCGAUAGUCUCGAAAAGACAAAGUUCAGUAGAAGCCUAUCGAAUUCGCCCGUCUCCAUAAAUAAAUCCAGUCUUCCGUUAACGACGACUUUACCUCUGGACGAAAAAUUGAGAAUGAGAAACUCUAUCAUUGAUUUACAAAUCAAUGAACCAAUUAAGAACAAAACUAUAAUUAAGAAUUAUAAUCUUCCGGAAGUUGUACCACUACGUCCAGAAAACUACGCAUUAGUAAGUGAAGUGUAUGUAAACGACGGGUAUGCGAGUCCAACGGACAGUGAUGAUGAUUCGGGUCCGGAAAUCCAAUAUGAGUCACAGAAUCCCGGGCAUCUAACAAUAAAGGUACUAGAUUCGCCAAAGAAUUACAUCAAGCAAGAUGAGUCAGAAUACGAACCUGAUACCCUAGAUAGAAAGCCGAUGAAAUUGAAAAUAAAUGGGGAUAUCGCAUAUGACAAGAACAUUGUUAAUGAAGUGUACAUUGACUCACUCGAACGCUCCUCUCAAAUACUUUUACACAGUAAAAGAAGCUUUAAGGGAGAAAACGUUAAAGAUAGUCUGACAAAACUGCCUGACGAACAUAACAGCUUGCGUGAAAUAUAUGAGGCUCGAAUGAAGUUCCAGCAACAGCAACAGCCGGAAGAACAGAAGCAACAAGAAAUGCAGAUAAUACAAAAUAAUGAAGCUAUUCGAUUGAAUAAACGAUACAAAGUCUAUGUAUGUACAAGUCCCUUGUUACCGCGUCAAAAACGUCGACAACGCAAAGCCGACAACCAACCGGACGUUGUACCAAAACCACCGCCGACACCACCGCCGCCACUAUCGCUGGAAUUAAAAAUAGUCAAUCAACUUGAUACUAAGGAGUUGAAUGGAAGCAUCUCUUCAGCCUACUCAGAAGCCUUAAAUAAAUCGGAGUCGCUUAAUAUAGCAAAUGACCGAAGAAAUGAGAGGUGUCAGCAGUGCCGGCGCUUGCCCAAGUGGCGAAGCAAGUCGAGCCCAAAUGAAACUAAUAGUCGUUCAUGGAGUCGACGCUCCAGAAGUGUGGACAAGUCGCGGAGAAUAUCAAGAUCGCAGCAACGAGGGCAUCGCCCGUGCUCUGACGAUAGAUCCAAAUCUAACGGGGCCAACCUCGAGGACAGCGCGUACGUAAGCAGCCCCGAGAGCAAUGGCUCGCAAUGCCGUUUCCACAGCUCAGCGAACAGUUCCAACUAUACCGAGAGCGAUGAGUCGAUGAACAUCAAUGGAGUAAACAGUGAAAGCGGCGCCGAGAGCGUUGAGACCGACAGCGUCUUCUUUGGUAACUUUCGAACGCACGUCAAAUCCCAGCCUAUCGCUAAGAGUGUUAAAAAUCUAAAAACACAGCAACGGCUCGUCAACUACCAGCUUUUUCGUAUUAAGUCCGAAGUUUAUUGAGUAAGUGGUAAUAUACAAUUAGUGCUCGUAAGGAUUAUUUGUAUCUUAACUUUGAUGCGGAAACAUCAAUUAACAAUUGAAAAUUAUACUGAUAACUUUA